GCGUCAACUACCUAAAUGUAUAUUAGUCUACGGAUUCGGACCCGAAAACUACCAUGUGAACUGCUGUAGCCCUAGUUAUUAGAGUUGUGGUUAGGAUUUUCGAGUUUUAUUCUCCAAAUUUUCACUUUCCUGCAUAUGAUCCUGUCGAUUAUUUCUAUUAUACCAGGCCUUUAAUAUCUGACUUCUCAGUCAUGGCGUCUGCGGGGAUCAGGCUCCGACGUGCUGUCGUAUCAGUGCCGUUUCUUUUUAUCGCAGCUUUGUGCUUGCGUAUCAUGGACCCGAGUACGAUAAUCGCAUUUCAACAGCCAUUCGCCGAUUCUGGGGUGAUCGAAUGGGAGGGCGGGAAGAUUCCUAUAAUAGACAACUUCCAUGGGAUAAACUUCCUCGAUGACAUCUUUCGCGGCGGAAUGGCAACCUUCUCGGCUUCGACAUUCGGAUACGACCCUGUGGCUUGGUGGCAGAUUUUCUCUUUCCUCACCGACCUUGGGCCAGUAUAUGCAAUAUGGAUCCUAGAAUCCUACCGUAUCGGCUACGCUUAUACCCCGGCGUAUUUGUGA